AUGGGGCCACGGUUUGCCCUCCUGUUGGCGGCUCUGGCUGACUGCCUGCUUCCCGGGAUAUGCUGUAUCUAUUGUAACCCUGGGGUCGUGAAAGCACUAAAGUCUUUGGAGCAAGAUUACCUCCCUAGCCACCUGGAUGAAAAACAUCGCAAAGUCCUGAUGAAAAUGAUAGAGGAUGCCGUGAAGGAUUUCAAAGAUCUACCCUACCAUGAGGAAACCUUUAUGGGGGCUAUUGACGCAGACACGCUGGAACAGUCAUCCUGGAGUUUUCUGAAGGCUCUUGAACGCAUUACCAGCAGUGAUGCAAAAGGAGAGCUUUUCGUUAAGGAAAUGUCCUGGAUGCUUCACCAGCAAAAAGAUGUGUUUGCCAGUCUUGCCGCUCGUUUCCAAAAAGAAGUUUUUUGUCCCAACACCUGUGGCACCAUGUUGCAGCCUCUGAUCUGGUGCAACAAAUGCGAGAAGCUGGUCCACGUUUGCCGGAAGUCCCAGGAUUGCGGGGAGCGUGAAGUGCAGGUGUAUAACAUGGAAGACUUGGUGCUGGACUGUCAGCUCAACUGGCAUCACGCCUCUCAAGCCACCACCGAGUACAGUUUUUACAGGGUUUGGGGAAACAGUACUGAGACCUUGCUGACCAAGGGGAGUGAGCCCGUCCUGACCAAGCCCUUGACAACUACAGAGGAUGCAGGUCGCUAUCGUUGCGAGCUGGGCACUACGAAUUUCGGCCCAGCCACGAUCAUUCAUUUCCGCGUCACAGUGUUGCCCCAAAAACUCGAGGAGGAGCGCCUGCCACCACCAAAUCUCUUGAACCAUUCUGAGACGACAGAAUGGGACCCCUCUGAAAAUUACGAGCCACAGAAGGCCGGGAAGUCGCUGAGACGCCGCCUUUUAGGGCUGCUGAUCUGCCUCCCUGUAAUCCUGAUAGCCUGCGCUGCUGCCUUGUGA